AUGGUCGGUGGCCCAGCACUGGUGCUGAUUGGAAAGUACUUCAAGAAGAGAAGAGGUAUUGCCACAGCAGUGGCCCUAUCUGGAAACAGUUUGGGAAACAGUAUAUUCCCACCUGUAGUAAACUUCCUACUGGAUGAAUAUGGUGUCCGGGGAAGUAUGUUGAUCCUAACAGGGCUGACAAUGAACAUGUGGGUCGGAGGGGCAUUGUUUAGGCCAUUAAGUUCAUUCCGUAAGACUGCAGCAGGAUUGAAAUCUGUCAUGAAUGAAAGGAAAGCGCGAGACCAGGAAAGCACUGGUGAAGAGUGUGAGAAUGGUGCGGAUGCAAUGAGAGACGACGUCUUGACAUUCCGUCCAGUGAUUGCAGAAAAAGCAAAACAUCAUCAAAAUUUCCAUGAAGGCAUGGCACCCAAAUCACGGAGCAGCCAGGAGUCACAUCUUGAAUCAUCCUCUGGGAACAACAAAGAGUCAAAAGAACGCAAAGGUGUAGGCAUGUGCCUAAAGCGUGCCUUGUCAUCAUUUGAUUUUUCGUUGUUCAAGCAGGCAAAGUUUCUGAUGUUUGUUACCAUAGCAAGUUUUGGAAUUAUUUUCAAAUUGGUGCUAGCAUACCUUCCCGCCUUCGUAGUCGAGAAGGGUUUUCCGCAAGCAGAGGCAGCUCUUCUUCUAACUAUUUCAGGCGUGCUUGACUUCUUCAGUAGACUUGCAGUAGGAUUUAUUGCAGACCUCAAAUACUUAAAAGUAAACCAUUUAAUGGCCAUUGGUGUACUCAUAUCUGGUACAGCCACUAUGUUUGCCUCUUAUUACAACACAUAUAUACUUUUAGUUGUGUAUUCUGUCAUAGUUGGACUCUUUGGUAGUUUCUUCCACUGUCUGAUGCCCGUGGCCAUAAUAGACUUCAUGGGACUUGACAACAUGCCGAAAGUUCUCGGGUUUGUUUCCGUGUUCUAUGGACUUGCUGUAUCAGUCACACAUCCCAUCAUCGGUAAGAUCAAUGUUUUUUAA